AUUCAAAAUGGCGGAAAGACUUGCUUCUCAAACAUUGCAGAAAUUUGCUGAAUUAGAAGAGCUCGCUCAAGAAAUAAUGGAAGAUAAACAACAGAUCAGAAGAACUUAGAAGAGGAAAUAAGCAGGCUAAGGAAAGACUUGAAGCCAAAAGUUUCAAAGCUCCAUGAACUGGAGGGAUUACCAGAGGUGAAGGGAUUUGACUUAACUGCUCUGACAAAAGAUGAUUUGCAGAGUCUGGAGCCAUGAUCCCUCAAAGGAGGAGCAGAAAUGGCUGCACUACUACCUUACACACAGACUAUGCUCUAUAAACAAGUCAUCCAAGGCUGAAGAAUAUCACAAGAUACAAAUCUUCAGUUAUUCAAAACAGCAAAGGUAUACCUUUGAAGGAGGGGGGCAAGAACUGGGAUGCAAGUGACCCCUGUUUAUCAAAAAAGGUAGCACUAAGUGUGGAAUAUCUCCAAUGAAAAUCCUGCCAACACCAUGGAAGAAAAUGCAAGAUAUGAUUUUGUGACCAUAAGGGCACUGGUGCCAGAUUGCUGAGAAAGUCAAGACUAUUGGAUUACACAUGGAACACUACAAACUGAGUCUUGUCUUACUUAUGUUAAUAUUGCCUGACUUUUAUUUUUGAUAUUUCCUUCAGGUGAAAGAGCAGCAAUAAAUAUUCACCAUUUUUAAGCAAA